AUGGGCCCCUGUACCGCCUCCUCAUGCUGCUGCCAGGCCCGUAAUCUGCCAUGGGCCCCCGUACCGACUCCUCAUGCUGCUGCCAGGCCCGUAAUCUGUCAUGGGCCCCUGUACCGCCUCCUCAUGCUGCUGCCAGGUCCAGAGUGUGUCAUGGGUCCCUGUACGGCCUCCCAUUGCUGCUGUCUCCAUCGCCACACUCUGCCAUGUGCCACUUUCAGGUCUCCUCACACUGCUGGUGGGUUCCAUUUUUGUCAUAGGGUGCUGUAUGGCCUCCCAUUGCUGCUGCCUCCACCGCCACACUGUGGCUCCACACUCUGGUUUUGGCCCCGUGACUGCCCAAAUGAGUGAAGUGUGCGGUGAUUCUAAGAUCGACGGCACUCAUCUGCAAGUCAUACUGACUGACAGUAUUAUUUCUCUUCCCCAGCAGACUCCAAGGGCAUUUAAAUUAAAGGUACAGUGUUCUGCACUAAUAUAA